AUGCCUGUUCCGUUCACGUUAACGUAUUCUGCCUCAAAUGGCAUCUUCUACAAAUCCAUCCAGUUCGACUGGUCUCUGAUCGAUUCUGAGUGUAAAAGGCACUAUUCGUUGGAUUUACCUGUUUUUGCAGCCAAACUGGAACCAGAACCUGAAGACGUGGUGGUCCAGAAACGCCAGCAGAAAAGAAAGUUUAUUGAAAACGUCUAUAUUAAUCUCGCCUCCAGGAUCCCCCACCAGGUUCUUCGCCAGUUGCUUGCAGCUGCUUCGUUGCCUCCAACUCCUUGGAAGGAGGUACCGUUUCUUCGUCAGAAUGGCCUGGAGUACCGUUUCUGUGGGUUCCAUCCAAUGGGAAGCGCUGUGGUUUAUAAUUAUACGGAAGUGGAGAAACAGGUUCACCAGGUGCUUAGGGGGGUGGACGAGCAGUCGGGGGAUUUGCAGAUGUAUACGCUUUUGGAGCUGGUGACGGCCUCUCCAGGCCCGGAAAGCCCGCAGGGCUUGGAGGGCGUGGAGAGCAAAAGUUUAGAGCGUCCGAAAAGCCCAGAGGGCUUGGAGGACGUAAAGAGUGAGGGAACAGGGAACCUAGAGGGUUUGAAGAGCCCAGAAGGCUUGAAGGACGUGGAGAGCCCAGAGGGACUGAAGAGCCUGGAGAACUUAAAGAGUGAGAUUCCAGAGAGCCUGGAGAAGCUGAAGAGUCCAGAGAUCCUGGAAAGCUUGGAGAGAUCGGAAAUCCCUGGGGGCUUGGAGGGCUUGGAGGGCUUCCAGUUGCACGAGAAGCUGGAUGAGUUAUGCCAGGGGCACUGCCAGGAGCAGCUGGUCCCCCAGGAAGAGCUGGACGCCCUGGACGCCCUGGACACCCAUGAAAUGUUAGAGAAAUUCAAGGAGAUGGUCCGCCAGAAGGCCUUGAGUGACCUUGAUGCCCUGGAAGAGACGGCCGUGGAAGAUAUGCCUACCAGCGCUCUGAGUCCAGAGACUGGUGAUGAUAUGUUUGACAGCUACGAAGGGCUCAAUCUGCCGUUGACUCCACCGCUCGAGGAGCCUGCCCAAAAGUACUUCUUCCUCAAUGGUGGUUUCUUUUCAGAUAAGCAUAUCUACAAUAUUUUGGAGAACCACGGGUUCACCUUCCCUUGCAUGUUGCCAGGCAAGAACCCACUGAUUGUGUUCAAUUCAGUCGAAGAUAUCCUGGUUUACGAGCACAGGAUGGACGAGAGGAAGAUUCUUAAGGUGUCAGAGGAGUCUGAACAGACUGCUGGUCUGGAGAGUGUAGAGAGUGACGGCCCCCAGGUGGUGGGAAAAGCUGGAGAUGCAGCCAAAGCUGGUGUUUUCAAAGGGCUUGGGAUUACAGUGUUGAGGAAUGGCCCCUUCAUUGACGCCAGAAGGCUUUCGGCAAGACGCAGACUGAAGGCUAAACAUGCUAGACAUGCCAGGGCCAGAAAGGAGAGGAAGUAUCUUGUGAAUAAGGAGCUUCAGGAGGCCCAGGAUGGCGACAAGACCACAGAGUCCAGUGCCUCAGCCAAAACCACUGAAUCGGAAAAGUCCACCGACUCCGAUAAGUCCAGUGGGUCAGAAAACUCCUCUUCAUCAGAUAAAUCUGGAUCCGAAGCGUCGGUGCCAAGUCAAGCUGACUCCGGUUUUUAG